AUGGCCGAGUCGGCUAGUUGGGGAUUAGGUGCUGCUUUUACAGGAGCUGUGGUCUCUGAGGCUCUGAGACUUGUGAUCCAAGAGGCCAAAAAGUUCAAUAAUUUCAAACCCUUAUCCGUCGAUCUCGUAUCAACGAUGGAGAAAUUGCUUCCGAUGACCCAGAAGAUGGAUUCGAUGCAAAACGAGCUAGAUUUCGGUGUCGGGGAGCUAAAAACGCUCAAGGAUACGAUCCAAAGAGCUCGAGAAUUGGUUCGCGAGUUCCCUGGCGUCCUGUUUUACGAGAAAUCUAAAUACACAAGAAAGAUCGAAAAAGUGAAUAAGGACCUGCUCAAGUUCUGCGACAUUGAUCUACCGCUUCUUCUGUAUAGGAACCAGCUGAAAUUGAUGGGUUUGACGGGGAGACUUAUGGAUAAGGUUGAUGGUUUAGGCAAGAGAAUAGAAGAACUGAGUGUUCAUGUGCCCUUUUUUCAGGAUCUUGUGGCCUCCGAUCCUCUCGGUACUCCGCUUUGUCACAAGGAAGACAUUAAAGGUUGCAUCACUACCAAAGAGCUCGAAACAUUUAUGCAUUUCUUAGGGCGAAACCCAACAGAGGCCGAGCUCCAAGAGUUACUGAACCUGAUGGCUAAGAAGAUGAAAGACAGUGACUUAGAGGAAGAGCUAAAACAAGCAUUCAGGAUUUUCGACGUAGAUCAGAAUGGUUUCAUCUCAACUGCCGAACUACAUAAAGUGAUGAACAAUCUUGGUGCGACGCUAACCAAUGCGGAAGCUAAAGAAAUGAUGUGUGAGGCUGAUGCUAAUGGAGAUGGCCAGAUGAGUUAUGAAGAGUUUUUCAAGAUUAUGACAAAGGUCGAGCUCCAGUAUUUGAUCAACGAGGUUGACCCAUAUGGAAACAGCACAAUUGACUUUAAGGAGUUACUGAACCUGAUGGCCAAGAAGAUGAAAGACAAUGACUUGGAGAAAAAGCUAAAAGAAGCAUUCACGAUUUUCGACGUAGACCAGAACGGUUUCAUCUCAACUGCCGAACUACAUGAAGUGAUGAACAAUCUUGGUCAGAAGCUAACCAAUGAGGAAGCUAAAGAGAUUAUCUUUGAGGCUGAUGCUAAUGGAGAUGGUCAAAUGAGCUGUGAAGAGUUUCUCAAGAUUAUGACAAAGGCCGAGCUCCAUGACAAGAUCAACGAGGUUGACGCAGAUGGAAACAUCACAAUUGACUUUACGGAGUUACUGAACCUGGUGGCUAAGAAGCUGAAAGACAAUGACUUAGAGAAAAAGCUUAAAGAAGCAUUCAAGAUUUUCGGCAUAGGCCAGAACGGUUUCAUCUCAACUGCCGAACUACACGAAGUGAUGAACAAUCUUGGUGAGAAGCUAACCAAUGCGAAAGCUAAAGAAAUGAUCUGUGAGGCUGAUGCUAAUGGAGAUGGUCAAAUGAGCUGUGAAGAGUUUCUCAAGGCUAUGACGGCCAAGUGA